CGACCUUGCUUGCGCUCGUAGUACGUACACACGACACAAUCCUAAUAUCCAAUCGAUGGACACGCUCAACACCAGCGGCACGGGCUCGGAACGGCCACGGCCGCAUGUCGUACUGCUGGCCAGCCCUCCGGCAGGCCACCGGAUUCCGCUGGCAGAGCUGGCGCGGCGUCUCGUCGAGCACCACGGCUUCGCCGUCACGCUCGUCACCUUCGCCAACCUCCCCCUCCCGGCGCACGUCCUCGCCAGCUGCCUCCCGCCCGCGACCGUCGCCACCGCCGUGCUCCCCGCCGUGGAUAUGGACGACGUCCCCGCGCACGACAUCAUCCAGGUGCUCGUCCAGCUGGUCCGUCGCUCAGUCCCGAACAUCCGGGCCUUUCUCCGCCGCAUCAGCGCCACAGCCGGGCCGCUCGCGGCGUUCGUUCCAGACAUCUUCUGCUCCGAGGCGCUGCUCGUCGCUGGCGAGCUUGGCGUUCCGGGCUACUUCUUUCUCCCCACCAACCUCAACUGGCUUGCCCUGGAGCGACGCUUCGUGGAGCUGCACCACGGCCUGCCUCCCGGCGAGUACCGCGAUUUCCCAGGGGAUGUCGAGCUUGCCGAGGGCGUGUCGCUGCACCGCACGGAGCUCCCCUUCGUAUUCCGUGACUCCAACAGUCUGGAUUUCCAGCGACUUCUAGAGAAUUCCAGGCGAUACCCCCUGGCCGACGGCUUUCUGGUCAACACCUUCGACGAGAUGGAACCUGCCCUCGUCGAAGCCUUCAAGCUGGCGGCGGAACAAGGCGCGUUCCCGCCGGUGUUUGCCGCGGGGCCGCUCAUCCGCC